CGCUUGGGGCGGCGCUCCCGCGCGCGGGUGCGCCGUCGCCAUGGUAACCGCGGGAGCCGGGGGCCUGGGGAGCGAUAUUUUUGGAGUUAAUGGAGUCAGAAGGACCCCAAGAGUCAGAGAGUUCAGAAAAAUCAGUGUUUUUCUCACAGCUAGAAGAAGAAGAUGAAGAAGAUGAAGAAGAUGAAGAAGAAGCCAAAGAGCCAGAGGAAACAGGCGCCUUGAAUCCCCUCUUACAACCUGCUCUAACGGGAGAUGUAGAAGGUUUGCAGAAGAUUCUUGAGGAUCCUGAGAACCCUCAUCAUGAACAGGCCAUGCAACUACUCUUGGAAGAAGACGUUGUUGGGAGAAAUUUGUUGUAUGCAGCUUGCAUGGCUGGGCAAAGUGAUGUGAUUAGAGCUUUGGCGAAAUAUGGUGUGAAUCUGAAUGAAAAAACCGCCAGAGGUUAUACACUCUUACACUGUGCUGCAGCCUGGGGUCGUUUGGAAACUUUGAAAGCACUUGUGGAAUUGGAUGCUGACAUAGAAGCUUUGAACUUUCGGGAAGAAAGAGCUCGAGAUGUUGCUGCUCGGUAUUCCCAAACUGAGUGUGUUGAAUUCCUGGACUGGGCAGAUGCAAGGCUGGAUCUGAAAAAAUAUAUUGCAAAGGUCUCUGCAGCUGUUACAGACUCAGAAAAGGGACCAAGGAAACUCUUUAAGGAAGACAAGAAUACCAUCCUCAAUGCAUGCCGUACAAAAAAUGAGUGGUUAGAAACUCAUUUGGAAGCUUCCAUUAAUGAGAUUUUUGAGCAGAAGCAACAGUUGGAAGAUACUGUGACUCCUAUCUUCACAAAAAUGGCUACACCACGUCAAGCGAAAAGUUCCAAAACUGUAGUCUAAGCCAUGGUCAGAAAAGAAGUCAAGGUUGUACCUUCUACUGAACAUAUAUU